AUGGCUAUCUUUGGAGCUCCUGUGCUUGUAGCCGUGGCAGUGGCCUGUGCAGGCCUCAUCUGGUUGAGGUCACGGAGCUCUUCAAAGGAGAUGAGGGACAUCCCGGGCACAAUGGGCUGGCCUGUCAUCGGCGAGACCGUCUCCUUCAUCUCCGACUUCUCGAGCCCAGCCGGCAUACUCAGCUUCAUGCGUGACAGGCAGAAAAGGUUCGGCAAGGUGUUCAAGACGUACGUGCUGGGAAGGAUCACGGUGUUCAUGACAGGGCGGGAGGCGGCCAAGAUCCUGCUGUCCGGGAAGAACGGUGUGGUGAGCCUGAACCUGUUCUACACCGGCAAGCAGGUGCUGGGGCCGACGAGCCUGCUCACCACCAACGGCGAGGAGCACAAGAAGCUGCGGCGGCUCAUCGGGGAGCCGCUCUCCAACGACGCGCUCAAGAAGUACUUCGACUUCAUCAACAAGCUCGCCGUCCAGACGCUGGACACAUGGCUCGGCAGGAGAGUCCUUGUCCUAGAGGAGGCCUCGUCUUUCACGCUGAAGGUGAUCGCGAACAUGCUGAUGAGCUUGGAGCCGGAGGGGGAGGAGCAAGAGAAGUUCCGCGCCAACUUCAAGGUCAUCUCGUCUUCCUUCGCGUCCUUGCCUCUGAAAGUCCCAGGGACAGCCUUCCACAGCGGCCUACAGGCGAGGAACCGGAUGUACGCGAUGCUGGACUCGGUGAUUUCCAGGAGAAGGGAGGGCGGCGAGGUCCGGAACGACUUCCUCCAGACGCUCCUGAGUAAGCACGCCAAGGACGGCAGCGCCGGCGACGACAAGCUGACGGACUCGCAGCUCAAGGACAACAUCCUGACGAUGCUCGUCGCCGGGCACGACACGACGACGGCGGGCCUGACGUGGCUCGUCAAGUUCCUCGGAGAAAACCCUGAUGUCCUGGAGAAGCUACGGGAAGAGCAUUUGGAGAUCAAGGAGAGGUUAAACGGCACGUCGCAUCUCAGAUGGUCGGACGUGAAUAACAUGCCUUACACCACCAAGGUGAUGAACGAGACCCUGAGGAGGGCAACCAUCCUGCCAUGGUUCUCAAGGAAAGCCGCACAGGACUUCAGCAUCGACGGGUACGAGAUCAAGAAGGGGACGUCGGUGAACCUGGACGUGGUGUCCAUCCACCACGACCCGGCCGUCUUCGCCGACCCGGAGCGGUUCGACCCCAACAGAUUCGACCUCACGCUCAAGCCCUACAGCUUCCUGGGCUUCGGGAGCGGGCCGCGGAUGUGCCCCGGGAUGAACCUGGCGCGCCUGGAGAUCUGCGUCUUCAUCCACCACCUCGUCUGCCGAUACAGCUGGAAGGCGCUGGACGACGACGACUCGGUGCAGCCGACGCUUGUGCGCAUGCCCAAGAACAAGUAUCCCAUCAUAGCUACCGCGCUCUAG